AUGAAAGUGGAGAAAACAAGUAAAACACCAAAAUUACCUUAUGUGAAUGUUUCACAAAACUUUAAUUUUGCGAAAAAAAUGCACGUAGGAAAUCUUGAGCAUCAACCUUUACCAGAUACUCUAGGUUACAGAAAUCUUACUAAAAUAGCUGAACAUAGAGAUUCAGAUAUUAUUGUAAAGCCCUACGCGAUUGGUUGGAAAGGUUACGGAGCAUCGGGUCCUACAUGCUGUACAAAAAUGCGCGUACAUAGACCCAAAACCUGCGACCCUAAAAAAGUAGAAGCGGAAAAGGACAAUAAAAGGCCUUCCACAUCCGCUCUGGAUUUGGGAAAACAAUACAGAAGACCGUUAUCGCUAAUGGAUCUAGCGAUAUGCUGGGAUUUUAGACCUGAUGAUCCGACUGGCGAACCGAGGCCUUCAAAGCAUAUAGAUGGAUCAAACGGAUCAAAAGCACCAGCGGUCUUCACAAUGGUGCAUACACCAAAAGAAGAGGUAGAAACAACUCCGCCAAGUCACACAAUGCCAAUAUUUCACCAAAAUCGUUCAGGAUCCGACCCGGGGCAUCAUCCUGUUCCUUAUUUUGAAAAGAAUAUGACUAAAGAUAAACGCAAAGAUUCUUGCGAAGUUCAGCAUUGUCCGCAGCAUAAUUACGAGGACAGAGAUGAGAAGGGCUCAAGAUAUUCCAGUAGAAAAAAUUCUGGCCAAGGCGUGAAGAAACCGCCGUGCGAUGGCAUUCAUGGUUGUGGGACACCUAGUGAGACUAGUAGAAAAUCAAGUCGUGAUGACACUAGACCUGAAAAAUUGCAGACAAUCAGAGACGCAUGGACUACUAACGAAAAACCUAAAAAUAUACGCUCCGACAUCAAUCGAAAUCGUCAUAGUCUAGAGUCUUACGAAAAAACUCCCUUAGCACAAGGAAAGUUGCAUCAGAGUUCACCGAACGAAUCCCAGUUGUCGAGACGCUCCAAAGAGAGCGAGUCCUCAAGUGCCCGGCACAAAACUUGCUUGCCAUGUAACGAAAAGGUACAUCAAGGGUCGAAGCAAAAGGAAGACUACAAAUUCGCCUUCAAGGCUGGGAAUCCGCACUCCGUGCAAAGUGUGAGCAGUACAGACUCUAAAGGCGUUAAAAUUCCUAAGAUGCGUCACCCGUACACGAAGAAAUCCUACACAAUACCAACAUUAGCACCGCCGUUUACCAUUUGGCGGGACUCAAAUGCGUGUGGGUAUCCAGAGCAUUGGAGACUAGCUAGCGUUUACCAACACGCUUAUAAACCUCCGGAGCAGCGUAGGAAACCACUAAUCAAUAGUGUAUAUCAGUAGUCAAUUAAAAACAGAAUUAAAAGUGAAAUUUUAUUGGGUCCAAUAUUGUACAUUGGAGUUGAAAUAAAUUUCAUUCUUUCGA